GAAAAAGCAAAACUCAAACGCGGGUUGUUGUUCUUCCUCUCUCUCUCUCUCGGCGGCGCCUUCUCUCUCCCAAACUUCGAAGGUUUUGUGUCGAUCUCGAAGCUCAGAGAGAUUCCAAUGACCUAAUUGUCUCCCUUCUCGUCAAAACCUAUUUCCAAAAUUCUCAGAGGUUCUAUCCACCGUUACGUCCAAUUCAUCUCUGUGACGUAAAAACCCUAAUUCUGUGGGCAUUUUGCUUUGCUCACUCUCUGAAUCGAACGAAGGUGUCUUCUGAAAAUUAGGGUUUCUCAUGCUGGAGGAUAAUUUCUGUCUGAAUUGAGCGAUACCUUUGAGUUUUAGACGAGAGAAGUGCAGAAAGGCAUCACUUUUGGACAACCAAGGCGUGAAAUUAGGGUUUUUGAAGUAUAUGUAUGGCUUCAGAGCCUGUUAACGGAGAAGGAACCAGUGGAGUGAGAGAGAAGCAAAAGAUUAAAGUUUAUACGAGGAAAGGUAAGGGUCAGAGGAAGUUGUCACCGUUCUUUGCCUUUGAGCGUGUUGAUAACAGCUCGAAACCAGAGAAGGAGAAAGAAAACAAUCAUGUGAGCCCACCUGAAACUCUAGCUCAAGUGUCUGAGAAGAGUCCUGUUCAAGAGGCUUCUCUUGAGACCAAUACUCAGGAUGAUUCUGUGUCUGGUGUAGCUAAAAACUCAGAUGAAGCACCUUCUGAAAACCCACCAGGUGAUGUUUCUGAGAAGGUGAUUGAUAAGCAAGCAUUUACUCAAGCCGAACCUGAGGAUGAAGCUAGUUUGGCCCCUACUGAUAAGAACAUUAUUCAACCUGUCCCAGGUCAGGAAGAUGCGAGCACUAUUAUAGGAGACAAGUCUGUGGAAGUACCCUCUCAAACUCAAGAUGAUGUCAAUACAGUGAUUGUUGAUGAGAACUCUAUCAAAGAGCUUCCUAAAGGCGAUGCUCAAGAAGAUGUUACUACCAUGAUUGUUGACAAGAAGGCUAUUGAAGCACCUUCUCAAACCCUAUCUGCGGAAGAUGCCAAUACUGUUGUCGUUGACAAAAAUCCCAUUGAAGUGUCUUCUGAUGAAGAUGUCCACGUGGUAGGUGCAGAUAAUCUGAUAAAAGAAGCGCAUCCUCAAAAUCUUGUUGCAAGAGAUGCCGCUGAUACUCAACAGCCAGCAGGGGUUACUUCUGAUUCUGCUCAGAGCAUCCAUGCUACUGCUGCUGAAAGCAUGCUAAUGGAGGAGGAUGUAGAUGGACGCAUAAAGAUACAUGUACCCUCCAAGUCGAAGCAAGAGAAAGAAGAGAUUAGGAAGAAGCUUGAGGAUCAGCUUAAUGUGAUCAGAGAUCUGGUAAAGAAGAUAGAGGACAAAGAGGGGGAGAUUGGUGCUUAUAAUGACUCUCGCGUUUUGGCUAGCACUAAUAUUAAUAAUGGAGGAGGCAGGGUCCUUUCAGGGUUCGCGUCUGAUGGACUUCCUCGUGAGGUCAUCAGAACACCAAGGCAUUUAAAUCAACUAAGUAUAUCAGUGUUGGAGACUACUCAAGGAGCCAAUGAGCAUGUGGAGAAAGAAAAAAGAACACCCAAGGCAAAUCAGUUUUAUAGAACUUCAGAGUUUUUACUUGGUGACAAGUUGCCACCUGCAGAGAGUAACAAGAAAUCAAAAUCAAGUGCAAAGAAGCACGGAGGGGAGGCUGGGCAUGGUUUUAGUGCAGGCUCUAAAGUUUACAAGAAUUGCACUGCUCUACUAGAAAGGCUGAUGAAGCAUAAGCAUGGUUGGGUGUUCAAUGCUCCUGUAGAUGUCAAGGGUCUUGGUUUGCAUGAUUAUUUUGCCAUUAUCGAACACCCAAUGGAUUUGGGAACUGUCAAGUCCGCGUUAACAAAUAAACUGUACAAGUCGCCAAGAGAAUUUGCAGAGGAUGUUAGACUUACGUUCCACAAUGCUAUGACAUACAACCCACCAGGACAAGAUGUACAUAUAAUGGCGGAAGUGCUAUUACAGAUGUUUGAGGAGAGGUGGGCUGUCAUAGAGGCAGAUUAUAAUCGUCAGUUGAGAUUUGCCACUAGUUAUGAGAUGAAUCUUCCAGCUUCUACAAUGAGGUCUAGAUUGGGUCCUACAAUGCCACCACCGCCUAUCAAUGUGAGUAAUUCAAUGGAUUGGAGUAGUCACCCUUCUGACUUGCAGCACCCAAAACCAACAACAACGCCUGGCAGAACUCCGACCAGUGCAACACCAUCUGGAAGGACACCUGCUCUGAAGAAGCCAAAGGCAAACGAACCAAACAAAAGAGAUAUGACGUAUGAAGAGAAGCAGAAGCUUAGUGGCCAGUUGCAGAAUUUGCCUCCAGAAAAACUGGAUGCGAUUGUACAAAUUGUUAACAAGAGGAACACUGCUGUGAAGCUACGGGAUGAAGAAAUUGAAGUUGAUAUCGAUAGUGUUGAUCCGGAGACCCUGUGGGAGUUGGAUAGAUUUGUAACCAACUACAAAAAGGGAUUGAGCAAGAAAAAGAGAAGAGCUGAGAUAGCCAUUCAAGCUAGAGCAGAAGCCGAGAAAAAUAACCAACAACAGAUGGCUCCAGCACCAGUGGCACGUGAGUUUUCUAGGGAAGGUGGCAACACAGCUAAAAAGACGCUCCCAACAGCAGUACCUACUCAAGUGGACAAACAAAACAAUGAGGCAAGCAGAUCAAGUAGUUCAAGCAGCUCUUCCAGUAGUUCCAGCUCUUCUAGUGAUUCGGACAGCGAUAGCUCUUCGUCAUCUGGAUCAUGA